AUGAUUGGUGGUUCAUCCACGGGAGGCAAAGCCUCACCUUCUUUACCAUUUUCUACAUCAAAUUUUCCUGGAAAUUUAAUUACAAAAAUCGAUGGUAAUGAUAAGAAUACAAUCAAUAAUGGAAAUAUAUCAACAAAUAUAAUUAAUAAAGAUGAUCCUGAUUGGAAAUCAAAAUUAAAUAUUCCAGAAAAAGAUCGUCGUGCUAGAACAAGUGAUGUAACAAAUACAAGUGGUCAUGAUUUUGAAGAUUAUUGUCUUAAACGAGAAUUACUUAUGGGUAUUUAUGAAAAAGGUUGGGAAAAACCAUCACCUAUUCAAGAACAUUCAAUUCCAAUAGCAUUAACUGGUGCAUAUACAAUACCAAUUAUUGAACGUAUUGAUCCAAAUAAAAAUAUUGUUCAAGCAGUUAUAUUAGUUCCAACACGUGAAUUAGCAUUACAAACAAGUGCUAUAUGUAUGGAACUUUCUAAACAUAUUCAAUUACGUGUUAUGGUUACAACUGGUGGUACAUCAUUGCGUGAAGAUAUAUCACGUUUACAAGAAAUUGUUCAUAUUAUUAUAGCAACACCUGGUCGUUUAUUAGAUUUAGUUAAUAAAAAUUUAGCUAAAAUUGAUUCAUGUCGUGUUAUUGUAUUGGAUGAAGCUGAUAAAUUACUUUCACAAGAUUAUAAUCAUUUAUUAGAUGAAUUAUUAUAUACAAUGCCAAAUGAUCGACAAGUAAUGCUUUUUUCAGCAACAUUUCCUUUAAUUGUUGAUGAUUUUAUUAAAAAACAUAUGAAACAACCAUAUGAAAUUAAUUUAAUGGAAGAAUUAACACUUAAAGGUAUUACUCAAUAUUAUGCAUUUGUACAAGAACGACAAAAAAUUCAUUGUUUAAAUACACUUUUUUCAAAAUUACAAAUUAAUCAAUCGAUUAUAUUUUGUAAUUCAACACAACGUGUUGAACUUUUAGCUAAAAAAAUAACUGAAUUAGGUUAUUCAUGUUAUUAUAUACAUUCAAAAAUGCGACAAGAACAUCGUAAUCGUGUAUUUCAUGAUUUUCGUACUGGUCUUUGUCGUAAUCUUGUUUGUUCGGAUUUAUUUACUCGUGGUAUUGAUAUUCAAGCUGUUAAUGUUGUAAUUAAUUUUGAUUUUCCACGUUACAGUGAAACAUAUCUGUAA